CGAAUAGAAUACUCAUAAGAAAAAUCGGUGACUCCGUCUUUUUUCUCUGUCACUUCCGCAUUUCGUACCAGCAUAAAUUUAUCUAAACACACACAGAUCCCAUUUUCUCCUCCACCGACUUCCCUCCGACCGAUCUCUCCGACUCCUUCACCGUCAUCGGAGGGUUCUGAGGCUAAAUUUCCAUGGAGGGUGUUGGAGGUGGUGAUGGUACCUCUGCUGCAUCUUUGGAUCAAUGGAGGCAGUUUUCAAGGCUUUUCCAGAUUUACCUGGAUAAAACUACCCCACAUGCAGUUUAUAGAUGGAUUGGAACUGCAGCUUUAGUGUUUCUUUAUGCACUGAGAGUUUAUUAUAUUCAAGGGUUCUACAUUGUUAGCUAUGGUCUUGGAAUCUACAUACUGAACUUGUUGAUUGGGUUUCUAUCACCACUUGUUGACCCUGAACUGGAACCUUCUGAUGGUCCUCUGCUACCUACAAAAGGCUCAGAUGAAUUCAAGCCUUUCAUCCGACGGCUACCUGAGUUCAAGUUCUGGUAUGCCAUCACAAAGGCUUUCAUCAUAUCAUUCUUGAUGACCUUCUUCUCCAUGUUUGAUGUUCCUGUUUUUUGGCCAAUACUACUUUGUUAUUGGUUUGUGCUCUUUGCCCUUACAAUGAAACGCCAAAUCAUGCACAUGGUCAAAUACAGAUAUGUCCCUUUCAAUAUUGGAAAACAGAAAUAUGGUGGUAAGAAAUCCUCAGCAGGUGGUAGCAGCAGUGGCUCACGUGCAGACUGAAGGGUAGAAAGGGGAAAAAAGGAGGAAAGUAUGGUGAGGACUGAUGUAGAAGAAGAAAGAAACAAGAUAAUGAAGUGAAAAAAAAAAGGGUAAUAGGUGUAGAUUUAUAUGAUAUGAUAUGAUAUGAUAUGAUAAGAUUCUAUUCUUAAUGUACAAACAUGGGAGUAUUCGUGUGUUGCUUCAUUUCAUUUACAUAUGCUCUUGUUUUUUUGGUAUUAAAAAUUGAUCACACCUUCUCUUGUUA